AUGGCGAGCAGCGGCGGCGCGAAGGACGAAUUCAUUUUUGGGAGGAAAUAUAAACUGUUACAGAAGAUCGGAUCUGGCUCCUUCGGGGAUAUUUAUCUGGCGAUCAACAUCACCAACGGCGAGGAAGUGGCAGUGAAGCUAGAAUCUCAGAAGGCCAGGUAUCCCCGGUUGCUGUACGAGAGCAAACUCUGUAAGAUUCUUCAAGGUGGGAUUGGCAUCCCCUACAUAUGGUGGUUUGGUCAGGAAAAAGACUGCAAUGUGCUCGUCAUGGAGCUUCUUGGACCCAGCCUCGAAGAAUUCUUCAAUUUCUGUUCAAGAAAGUUCACAAUGAAAACUGUACUUAUGUUAGCCGACCAGAUGAUCAGUAGAAUUGAGUAUGUGCAUACAAAGAAUUUUAUACACAGAGAUAUUAAACCAGAUAACUUCCUAAUGGGAAUUGGGCCUCACAGUAAUAAGUUAUUCCUUAUUGAUUUUGGUUUGGCCAAACAGUACAGAGACAACAGGACAAGGCAACACAUACCAUACAGAGAAGAUAAAAAUCUCGCUGGCCCUGCCCGAUAUGCUAGCAUCAGUGCGCAUCUUGGGAUGGAACAGAGUCGCCGAGAUGACCUGGAAUCUUUAGGAUAUGUUUUGAUGUAUUUUAACAGAACCAGCCUGCCAUGGCAAGGACUAAAGGCUGCAACAAAGAAACAGAAGUUUGAAAAGAUUAAAGAAAAGAAGAUGUCCACUCCUGCUGAAGUUUUAUGUAAGGGGUUUCCCGCAGAAUUUGCUAUGUACUUAAACUAUUGUCGUGGGCUGCGCUUUGAGGAAACCCCCGAUUACAAGUAUCUGAGACAGCUAUUCCGCAUUCUUUUCAGGACCCUGAAUCACGAAUAUGACUACACGUUUGAUUGGGCAACAUUAAAGCCGAAAGCAGCACGGCAGACAGCCUCUUCCAGUGGGCAGCGUUCACGGCCCCAAACCUCCACAAGCAGGAGAACUGACAAAAUCAAGAGUAGUGUGAAAGAUUUCUAA